AUGUUGCGUCUCGGAUGGCUACUAGUCAUCCUGAGCGCCCGGUGUGCUUGGGGCGACUUCCUGCCCAUAGAUGAGCGCUGCGUGACGGCCAUCUACUCGGCCUACAAUUACAUCUCCUUUGCGGGGGAACCGGCCACCGGUAUGUGGGAUACCCGGUGCCAGAAUUCCCUCAAGGUGGCAUCCAUAUAUGCCGCCUCCGAAGUAUACUGUCGUGAUGUAGAGCGGGCUGCGGGUCUCGCGCAGAUGGCUAGUGAAUGUGAGGAGUUCGGACAUCGGGAGUUGCUUCCGAGAGAGGCUGUCGCGGAAAAUCUGACCGAGGAUGCGAUCCGCAAUAUGCGGACUGUGAGCUACUUAGAAAUGUCUCGGGAUGAAGUUGCAAACGCGCCUAUCAUGAUAUCCACAUCCUUUUUCAACCGGAUGUACAACACUAUCGAUUCCUGGCAGUUUGAGAGCUGGUCCCACCAUGCAUUUGGUUAUAUUGGAUACGCGUACUGGGGUGUGUUGAUCUUACUGGGGAUGUCCUACCGAUUAUGCCGUUGGGCCAUGUAUCAUCGAAAACCUCGGAUGCCACGCGGAAUCGAAUCGCAGACAUACCCGCUGCUCAAUACAUGGCGGGCUAUUCCCUGGGUCGGACGCUCUAUACAUUGGUUGCAGACACAUCUGAUCGUGUCAGCUCCACUCGCCUCACGAGGCCGAGAGCUGCUUCUAUGUACUUUCUCGAACCGAGCCGAGGCCCUCGCCGUUGGCGGAUUCUGGAUCCUCAGCAUCGUCCUCAGCUUGGUCGGGUACCGAACUUUUGAGGGCAAUAUUUACUGGCCAGAUGUUACAAGUCAAAUCCUCCGAUACUCAGCAGAUCGGACUGGCAUUAUGGCAUUUGCCAAUCUGCCCCUAUUGUGGCUCUUUGGCGGACGUAACAACAUCUUGAUCUGGGCUACAGGUUGGAGCUUUGCAACCUAUAACAUCUUCCAUCGCCAUGUAGCCCGCGUGGCCACCUUCCAGGCCUUGGCACACGCCACUUUAUAUCUGGUAAUCUACUUCAAGGCCAACAAAUUGUGGAAAGUCUUUUACAAAACUUAUUUACUUUGGGGAAUUAUGGCCGUCCUUGUGAUGUUUUUCAUACUAUUGACAUCAUUAGAUCGACUUCGCUUCUGUAGCUAUGAGGUAUUCUUAAUCAUACACAUUGUGCUUUCGGUCCUUACACUUGUUGGAUGUUUCUAUCAUACCACCAUCUUUGAAGGGCAUGAAUACUGGCAGUAUCUAUGGCCUUCCGUCGGAAUCUGGGCAUUUGACCGAUUUUUACGCAUAGUCCGACUAUGCUACUGCAAUAUACACGUCGGCCUCACUGGAAGUAAUCUGAUCCGUACUUCCUCGAGUCAAAUGACCUAUGAUGAGGAAACGGAUGUGGUUAGGUUGGAAGUAUCGCUUGCCACUCCCCUCAUCCACCCCACGCCAGGAGACUAUUUCUUCCUGUACCAACCUUUUCGCUGGACUGGCUGGGAAAGCCACCCUUUCACCGUUGGCGCCUGGUCAUCCCAUCUCGGCUCGAUUUCAUCACCAUCCAGAAUGCUCAGAAAAUCGAGCGAAUCUUUGAGUGUCUCUCAGAUGCCUCUUUUACCCAGCGGAUCCCAGGGUCGUGAAGAGAUGAUGCUCACAGAGGAAUCAAGUACAGAUGACAAUGUACCCUGUUUAAAGGCGAUUUUCUGGAUCCGCCCAUAUGACGGUUGGACGCGACAUCUGCGUCAACAAUGCCUCCGCGCAAAAUCCCAGCCCGUCAACACGACAAUCCUCCUCGAAGGGCCAUACGGACAUCACUUCCCACUUUGGAAGUACGAGUCUCUAUUGAUCAUCGUGGGUGGCACAGGAAUCGCAUCAGCAGUGCCAUACCUCCAAGAUCAUCUCCGGCGAUCAGGACACGACUGGGAAGAGGGAUCUGAAGAAAAAACCCGCAUCCGAGAUAUCGAACUGAUAUGGACCGCAAAGCAAGCCCCUUUCCUCAAAGAUGUAGCCAGCAGGGAGCUCAAACCCCUGCUACUCCGCGAAGACUUUCAAGCCUCUUUUUAUAUCACGGGAUCCUCCACUAGACCCCCGGAGGAUGUGACUGGCCUUGGGUAUGAGAUCACCCCCGGCCGGCCCCACUUGCAAUCGCUCAUCAUGAGCCGAGCAUGCGAUGCCUCCUCUGCUGGAAUAUCACUGGCUGUUUUGGCAUGCGGUCCUGUCGGAAUGGCUGACGAGGCCCGAGCUGCUGCUCACCUCGCCAUGCGACAAGGAUACCGUAUCAAAUAUGUGGAAGAGUCAUUUGCAUGGUAA